UGGGUAGGAGGUGGAGGGCCCAGAGGAGAAAGAAAUAUAGCUCGAGAUGGAUUUCGACAGCGAGAAUCUGAGGCGGCGGCUGAGUAAGUACAAAUUCAGGGAUCUUACAGUGGAAGAAUUAACGAAAGUAAAUAUGUUAUAUCCAAAUUUCAGAUUCUCCAUGGACACCUAUGUUUUCAAAGACAGUUCUCAGAAAGAUCUUCUGAAUUUUACUGGCACUAUUCCUGUAAACUAUCAGGGUAAUACAUAUAAUAUACCAAUUCGUUUUUGGAUUUUGGAUUCUCACCCUUUUGCACCCCCUAUCUGCUUCUUGAAACCAACUGCAAACAUGGGAAUUUCAGUGGGAAAACAUGUGGAUGCUCAGGGCAGAAUAUAUCUGCCCUAUCUACAAAACUGGAGUCAUCCUAAAUCAGUCAUCACUGGGUUAAUCAGUGAAAUGAUUAUCAAGUUUCAGGAGGAGCUUCCUCUGUAUUCCUUAUCUUCUGCUGCUGAGACUCAGCAGGUAGAAUUGCUAGCCUAUAUUUCAAAGAUCACUCAAGGUAUCUCAGACAUAAAUUCAAAAAAUCAAGAAAACAAAAGUGUCAACAAAAUUACUGUGGUUGGAAGUGGAGAGCUGGGGAUUGCUUGUGUAUUAGCAAUUUUAGCAAAGGGUAUUGCAGACAAGGUGGUUCUUAUAGACUUCUCAGAAGGGACAAAAGGAGGAGCAAUGGACAUAGACAUUUUUGAGCUGCAAAAUGUAGAGAUCAGCAAAGACUUGUCUGCCUCCUGGAAUUCCAAAGUGGUGAUCUUCACAGUUAACUCCUUAGGUAAUUCUCACACCUACCUCGAUGUGGUACAGAGUAAUGUGGACAUGUUCAGAGAGCUCGUCCCAGCUUUAGGACAUUACAGCCCACAAAGUGUCAUACUUGUUGCCUCUCAACCAGUUGAAAUCAUGACAUAUGCAGCCUGGAAGCUAAGUGCCUUUCCUGAAAAUCAAGUGAUAGGAAUUGGAUGCAAUCUGGAUUCAAAGAGAUUCCAAUAUAUUCUUACAAAUGUUUUGAAAGCACAAUCCUCAGGAAAUGAAGCGUGGAUUAUUGGUGAGCAAGGGGAAGACAAAGUGCCUGCGUGGAGUAGUCAGGAAGAAGCAGUGGCUCCCAACUUCUGGGUACAGAUGUCCAAUAGAGCCAUGGAGAUAUUAAAAGUAAAAGGCCAAAGAUCUUGGUCUGUUGGUCUGUCCAUAUCCGACCUCGUUGAUAGUAUCAUAAACAAUAAGAAGAAAGUUCAUUCUGUAUCAGUUUUAGCAAAGGGCUAUUAUAACAUAAACAGUGAAGUAUUUUUAAGCUUGCCUUGUAUCCUUGGAGACAAAGGUGUGCAUGAAAUAAUCAUCAAAGACACAUCAAAGGAAGAUCUGGUAACUGAGAAACUUUGGAAUAGUGCAUCAUCAAUUCAUAGUCUCCAAAGCCAACUGAAACUUUAAGAAGAAUUUUUAGUUUUGUGGUUUCCGGCACUAAAGUCUACAAUUUUAUAAAAGAUUGAUAGGUAAUUAUUAAAUACACAAAUUCUGCCAAGGAGGUGGUUUUGAGUUUCUUUCUAUUCAUGUGAAUACCCAAUUCUUACAUUGCUUUUAGUCAGUUUUUUAUAGAGAAAGUACAUGCCAUCACAGAAGCUUUUUUGACAAUAUGUUGUUUUCUUCCAGUAGGCUAUAAACUUCUUAGGGCAGAAAAUGUUUUACUUUUGACCUUGUUUUCCCAGCACCUAGCACUGUGUCUACACAUAGUAAGAACAUGACAAAUGCUUUUUGAAUUGAAUAAAAUGCUAUACAGAUGAGGAAAAUGUUAAUUAUGAUUAAAUUAAUGCUGGGAGACUACUUUGGACUUGUUAGAUAAAUGAUGUAUUACUUAAAAAAUUGGAAAAUUACUUAUAUAAAACUAUAUAGAGCCAACUCUUGCCAUACACGCACUUUGCUGCAAUCAUGAUUGAUCUUCAGGAAGAAGUAGGAUGGAUGACCAAGGAUUCAGCCACCCCAAGUCUUCUAGAUGAGAACGUUGGCACCAUUGCCGCCGAGAGGCCGAGGAAGAGCCUGAAGUGAAAGAUUAUGAGCCCAAAAGCACUCUGUUUAAAAAGAGAGCAGCAGUGGCAUUGCUGUGUUUGCCACUUGACAAGAA